AUGGAAAGCACGCGUUAUGCGGCUGAUAACUGUGAAAGAUAUUAUCUAUACUUUAAUCUUUUAACUAAAAAAGUUAAGGAAUUUAACGUUCUCCCUAAGAACACCUACAAUACAGACAAGAAGGGAUUCAUAAUUAGGGUCAUUAGAAAGACUAAAAGAGUCUUUGAUAAG